AUGAGUGAUUUGAUCGCCGAUUUGCCUAAAGGACCAUUGACUCCAUUCCGAGAAACGGCGACUUUUGAUUGGAAAGCAUUGAAAGUACAUCUUGAAGGAGAGGAAUCGAUCAAGUUCAAGAACGAGGUCUACGCGGUGCUUAGCCGAGAUCCGAUCUUUGCCCGAGAUUUCAGCCGUCCUUCAACCGAUGAAUAUCGAGAAAUCAAUCACAAAAGAUGGAAGGCAGUUCUUGAACAUCAAUUUAUUGAUGAUUUUUUCGCCGAGCUUGAGCGAACACAAGACCUUCUCGAAAUCCUUGAAACGUAUGAUCAAGGAUUGUCUGGAAGAUAUGCUCUACACGCAAAUGUGUUUUUCUCGGCAAUUCUCACGAUCGGCACAGAAAGACACGCGGAGAUUCUCGAAAAACGAGAAACAAUGAGAUUGGAACCCUGGCCACAUUCGACAAGGGAGAAUUCGUCUUCACCACUCCACACGAUGGAGCAAUCAAGUGUUGGGCUGGGAAUCUCGCUCAAUCAGCCACUCACGCGGUGGUGUUCGCUCGUUAGAGAUCCAAAUAACUACCGCUCACUUCCCGGGAUCACCAUCGGCGACAUGGGCACAAAGCCGGGUGUUUGGGAUGGAGUCGAGAAUGGGUGGAUGAGCUUCUCGAACCAUCGUGCCCCAUUGUGGACUCUUUUGAAUAAAGGAUGUGAUGUGACAGAGAGCGGUGAAUAUAAGAGUGCCUAUUCGUCGAGUCGAGAACGUCAAUCGGUCAGUCUUGGAUCGCUGAGUGCUGGCAGAAUUGGAAUCGUAGCAAAAGGAGCAAACGCUUGCCGCCUUGCCGCCACAAUCGCGAUUCGGUACAGCUGUGCUCGACAUCAAUUCGGCGAAAAACCUGGCAGUGAUAAUGAACGAGCUGUGAUCACCUAUCCUCUGCAAAGACAUCGUCUAUUUCCGAUUUUGGCUCAAGCCUACGUGAUUCGACUUUAUCAGUCGAAAUUGAUGAAUCAUUUCCGCGAGUAUAUGAUGAGAAUGGUUGGCGGAGAGAAAAGUCCCGAAUUGGCAGAGUUGUCAAAAGAAGUGCAUGGCUUAUCAUCUUGCACAAAGCCGCUAGCAACUUGGAUGGGCGUGGCAGCAUUGGGUGAAGCGAGGACAUGUUGUGGAGGACAUGGCUUCCUCCAAUCAUCUCGUCUGAACAAUCUUCGCGAUGAUUUUGAUCCAUCACAAACUUUCGAGGGAGAAAACAAUGUCCUCCUUCAACAAACCUCAAAUUGGUUGGUGGCCAAGAAAGCGGCAGGCGGAGAUUUGAAAAGUCCGAUGGGAACAACGGAUUUCCUGGUUGAUGGCGGGGCAUUAGUUGAUGGACCGGUAGUUAGACGUGUCCUCGGCGCCUACACUUGGCUUGUGCAUCAUCUGAUCGCAAAAACCGAAAUGCGACAUAAAGAGCUGAAAGCACAAGGAAAGAGCUCGUUUGAUGUCAAAAAUGAGUCACAGAUUUACACAGCUCACACACUCUCGAUUGCUUACGGAGAAAGGGUGAUGCUUUCGUGGGCACAAGCCUUUGUUGACGACGCUCCGAUAGCAUUCAAAUCUGUGCUGCAACGUUUGGUCAAUAUUUUUGCGCUCGAUCGAAUUGAGAAACAUUUAUCUACUCUGUACAUUGGUGGUUUCUGUUCGGGUGGAUCGUUUGGUGAAUGGGUGAGAAAUACUCUUAUCGAUGAGGAAACCCUUCUUGCACCCGAUGCCAUUUCUCUUGUCGAUGUCAUCGCUCCACCCGAUUUCGUUCUCAACUCAGCGCUUGGAUCAAGCGAUGGACGCGCUUAUGAGCAUCUGAUGGCUGAAUUCCGUCGUCACACUGAUAAAAGGACACCGUUUUGGGGCGAUCUUGCCACUUUUCUUCACCAUAAACAACAAAGUAAACUU